GCCCCGCCCCCGCCGCAGUGCCCGGAUGUGGGUGACGCGCGGCCGCCAUCUUCCCGUCCCCGGCAGCCAGCGCCAGUCGGAGCCAGCGCGAGCCGCCGCCGCUGCCGCCGCCGCCGCCGCCGCCGCCGAGUCCUGCGCCCGCUGCCCGCGCCAUGUCGGCUACCGCAGCCACCGCCCCCCCUGCCGCCCCGGCUGGGGAGGGGGGUCCCCCGGGGCCCCCUCCAAAUCUCACCAGUAACAGAAGACUGCAGCAGACGCAGGCCCAGGUGGAUGAGGUGGUGGACAUCAUGAGGGUGAACGUGGACAAGGUCCUGGAGCGGGACCAGAAGCUGUCGGAGCUGGACGACCGUGCGGAUGCACUUCAGGCAGGGGCCUCCCAGUUUGAAACAAGCGCAGCCAAGCUCAAGCGCAAAUACUGGUGGAAAAACCUCAAGAUGAUGAUCAUCUUGGGAGUGAUUUGCGCCAUCAUCCUCAUCAUCAUCAUUGGAGAGUUGGGGGUUGGCCACAAUCUGGUCUGUUUUGGGAGAGGUGGCUGCCAGUGUCUGAAGGGUCAUCACUGCCUUGGAGAGGAGUGGAGCAGGGCAGAGAAUCUCCCUAAUUCCUGCUGGAAGUCUCCUCUGGCCCCACCCCUGCUGGGGACUGGACUGAAAACCCUCCUCCCCAGUUUGGAGGGUGUUGCCUCCUUCACUGCCCAGCUCCUCUGACUGCCCCCCCUGAAUUCAGGGCGGGGGGGUACUAGUCACUGCCAAUGUGUAGGAUUUGCUGGAAGAUGAGGGUUCUUGCCCCUCUCCAUGGUGGUCAAGCCCAGAGAGAGACCUGUCUUCUCAUUAGGUGAAGUGAUAGAGGAAGGAUCUAAUGUCUUUUUAAAUGGCACAAUUUUGGGGGGGUCUGAGGGUAUAGUCCCUUAAACUGUCACUGGAGGGGACCCCCCCCCCAAAAAAAAAACUCUUUCCCCCACACUCAAGGUUUCUGUGUGGAUAGGGAGCAGGGAGAUCUAAACUGUUGUGUGAAAGGGUAGGGAGAGAUGCUGGGGUUGGGGAUGCUGUGCUCUAGAUCCCCCCAUACUAUCCCAGUGUCCCCUGCCUCCCUCCUUCCCUCACUCCAUGCCCCCAAUUCUGUGGCGCAUCCAGAUUGUGAAAAUGUACAAUAAAUGUGUAAUGAGUAA